AUGGAGAGAUAUAGCAUUUGGUACGUGCAAAAGUGUCAUCAAUGUCAAGUGCAUGGAGAUUUUAUACGGGUUUCACCGAAUGAGCUCAAUGUGAUGGGUUCCCCUUGGAUAUUUACUGCUUCUGGAAUGGAUGUUAUUGCACCCAUAGAUCCUCCCGCAUUAAAUGGGGAUAGUUUCAUCCUGGUAGCUAUCAAUUAUUUCACAAAAUGGGUCGAAGCUUCGACAUACAAGGCAGUGACUAAGAAGGUGGUAGUAGACUUUGUUCGCGACAAUAUAGUUUGUCGGUUUGGAAUUCCAAAAUCAAUCAUACCAAAUAAUGCAGCCAAUCUCAACAACGAUCUUAUGAGAGAAACUUGUGAAAGGUUCAAGAUUGUUCAUCGAAAUUCCACAGUUUACCUGCCACAGAUGAAUGGAGCUGUUGAGGAUGAAAUAAGAAUAUCAAGAAGAUUUUAA